AUGGGGGGACCGCUCGCUUUGGUCUCCGCCAACAGUAGCCGCCCCGCCGUGUCCUCCUCGGGGGCCGGGCCCGGGGACGGCUACCGGGGCUGCGAGAACGGGGCCCUCAUGGACAGCUUCGGCAUCUUCCUGCAGGGGCUCCUGGGCGUCGUGGCCUUCAGCACCCUCAUGCUAAAACGCUUCAGAGAACCAAAGCAUGAAAGACGUCCUUGGAGGAUAUGGUUUUUAGAUACGUCCAAACAAGCCAUAGGGAUGUUGUUCAUACACUUUGCAAAUGUGUAUUUAUCAGACCUAACUGAAGAGGACCCUUGUUCACUGUACCUUAUAAACUUCUUGCUGGAUGCAACUUUAGGGAUGCUGCUAAUCUACACUGGUGUGCGUGCAGUCAGCAGCAUUGUGGAAUGGCAGCAAUGGGAGUCCCUUCGCUUUGGUGAAUAUGGUGACCCGCUGCAGUGCAGUGCUUGGGUGGGACAGUGUGCACUGUACAUAGUGAUCAUGAUGUUUGAGAAAACCAUCAUCAUUAUAGUCCUCCUAAUACCUCAAUGGAAAGAGGUAGCUUUAUUGAAUCCUAUAGAGAACCCCCAGUUGGAGCUGGCUAUCGUCAUGCUGAUAGUUCCCUUCUUUGUUAAUGCAUUAAUGUUCUGGGUAGUGGAUAACUUUCUUAUGAAGAAAGGGAAGACAAAAGCUAAACUUGAAGAAAAGGAAGUGGGGCAAGAUUCAAGGAAUGGAAGUAAAGUCCGAUACAGGAGAGCAGCAUCACAUGAAGAGUCAGAGUCAGAAAUCCUUAUUUCAGCAGAUGAUGAAAUGGAGGAGUCAGAAGUUGAAGAGGACCUACGGAGACUGACUAACUUAAAGCCUGUUAAGAAGAAGCAUCGAUUUGGGUUGCCUGUAUGAUGCAUUCCUGACCUGUGUAUUUGCAGGUUUCGUGGCAUAAGCUUCUUGGUCAGUAGAUUUUCACUUUGCAACAGCAUCCCUUUUUUCCUACUAACAGUUACUCAGCAACAGGUCUGUGAUUAGGAUGCAGGUAGUUUGAAGCAUUCCAGUUCAGUUGCACUACAGAAACACUGACCCAAUAUGCAAGAGCGUCUUUUCAUCAUUUAUGGAAACACAGCAUUGUGAGGGACCAGACGCUAAAAUUCUGGUUUGUAUCGGACACUUCAGAGAAGACCACAGAAAAACGAUUACUCAGUGUUGACUCACUUAUGGUUCCUGUGGUGAUUCAAUGCAAGACAUUCUGGAAAAAGGCAUCGGCAUUGACUAAGUGGAACCAGUGUGUUUCAUUACUAAAACUGGCAAUUGCAACAUAUUAAUUCCUAGAGCAGAAUAGUUUUAUUGUUACAAGCUGUAACUUAAUGUUAUUUUUUUAAGUACAUGUUUACUUCCUACAAGGUACCUAUGGAACUAAUAGGCAGAACAAAGAUUUUUUUCAAGUCUCCUCUAACCUAUUUGACUAUUUUAUAUUUAAGUUAUAUUUUCAUACUGUUAUAUUUAAGGAUUCUCUUUGUCAGAGAGAAGGACACUAUUCCCUUUUUUGUGUGGAAAAAGAUCAAAAGAUUUGCAGUGAAGUUCUCAUUCAUCCUCGUCACUUGAUUAAGAUAAGGCAAAUGAUGUUUUCACAAAGGGAAAAGCUUUCUUUCACUGUUGAAACCACCAAAUGUCAACUAGAAAUGUAGCCCCAAGUGUGGUUUUGGCAACGUCGUUUAACAAUAGUAUUUUGUAAAAUGGAGAUGUUCUCUGCAUAUUUGGCGAUAUGCACUUUAGCAGAUAAAGAAAACAAAUUUUUAUGAUAGUUUCCUUAUCUGUGAAAUGAACUUCUAAUGAUGACUUCAUUAAUAUUUGUCUCUUAAGAACUUGCAAGUCUCUGACCGUACCUCUCAACUAUUCCAAAGGAGGCAGAACAUUCUCUCUUUACAUUCCUUAUAUGGGAUCUAGCAUACGAGACACUGAUCUGAUUAGAGCUCUUAGCACUACCUUAAUACAUAUAAUUCUUCCUCUGGGUUGCGUUUUUACUUAAGAUUUUUUCCAUUAAAAUAUAAAUGUGUAAUGCUGACCUUUAAUAACAAUACUUCAUUUGAAGGCUUUAAAACAUACUUCCCCAGUGCACACAUUCCUUA